GCAAACCAUGCAAAGCUUGGUAUAGUGUUAGCUGCUUCCGGUGAUUUUAAUGCCACCUGUACAUUUUAUUCUAAUAUUUUUGUGAAUAUGUACCAUGCUCGCUCAAUUUACUGUAUCCCAAUCAACGUCAAUACUACAUCCGGGAAUUCUGAUCCUCAUGUCACAGAAGAGAUCAAACAACAGACAGGUAUAUUCUUUGCUGGUGGUGAACCUGAAAAGGUGAUAGAAUCGUUGUUUUUAAAAAAUCAUAUUCCGUCACCAGCGCUUCUUGCUAUAAAAGAGAUGUUUAAUGCUGGAAUUCUCGUAUCAGGAAGCAGUGCUGGGGCAGAAUGUAUGCCAUCAGCUGUUAUGGCGUGGGGUGGUACUGGAUCUAGUUACAAUGCACUACAGUUUGGAACAUAUGAAGGAUCAGAAGUGAGUGAUAGAGAUUAUCAGUUGUAUGACAAAGAUGGUGGAGUGGGACUACUGGAUGGUUUUAUUAUUGAUGCACAUUUUAGUGAACGAGGAAGAGAGGGACGGUUAAUACGACUUUUAUCGGACACUCGUCAUUUACAUCAUGGUACUGAUUGGGGGUUCGGCAUUGACGAAGACACAGCCAUAGUAAUUACCAAUGUUGGGACUGAAGACGAAAAAGCUGAAGUAAUUGGGUACAAAGGCGUAUUUUUCGCGGAUGUUUCCCAGUCAAAUAUAACAGUAAAGUAUAAUUCCUACGGCAUUACCAAUGUCAUGGUACAUUACUUGACACGUGGUGACAGCAUCUUUUUGAAAAAUAAAACUAUAAUUUUCUCGUCAACAAAAUCACCAAUGUCUGGAUUUGAAAGAAACAGUCGUGCAAUGACAUCAACAGACAUUUUCAACUCGAAUAUAAAAAUAAGUCACUUUAAUGAGCCUCUUCCGGUACAUAACCCAGAAUUUGUAAAGGUAGCUGCCAGUAUAUUUGACUCAAAGCUUGACAACAGCAGUUAUGGUGACACAUAUGAACAUAAUCCUAAAUUCCGUGUGUUUAUGUCACGAUCUGGUCCAGGAGCUGAAGGGUAUACAGAAAGAGGUCAAGACUUUCAAACCACUGAUAUUACUUCUUAUAAAAAUUUACAAGUAAAUAUUUCGUCGGUAGGAUGAAAAUAAAGCAUUAUAGUAUAAAUGUAAUCUUACAACAA